CCAGUAUCCUACUUGACGGCGUCGGGGGCGGGGCCUGGGGCGGGACCAGCUUCGCGGCGCGGAUUGUGACGCAGCGCGCGGCGUGCUGGGUGCGCAAGCGCUCUCGGCAGUGAACUGACGGUUUCCGGUUCCGCCGCCCUCUUUCUCUUCAACGAGGCGGCCAAGCGGCAAACGCAGAAAUGCAGAUAUUCGUGAAGACCCUGACAGGCAAGACCAUCACCCUUGAGGUUGAGCCCAGCGACACCAUCGAGAAUGUCAAAGCCAAAAUCCAAGACAAGGAAGGCAUCCCACCUGACCAGCAGCGCCUGAUAUUUGCCGGCAAACAGCUGGAGGACGGUCGGACUCUCUCGGACUACAACAUUCAGAAAGAGUCUACCCUGCACCUGGUGCUGCGCCUGCGAGGUGGGAUCAUCGAGCCGUCUCUGCGCCAGCUGGCGCAAAAGUACAACUGUGACAAGAUGAUCUGCCGCAAGUGCUAUGCCCGCCUGCAUCCCCGUGCCGUCAACUGCCGCAAGAAGAAGUGUGGCCACACCAACAACUUGCGCCCCAAGAAGAAGGUCAAGUAGAUCCUUGCCGGCCUCUCCUCCAACAGGUGCUAGGCACCGUGGCCUCAGCGCCUGAAUAAAGUCUCCCUCACUUGACUAGAGCA